AUGUUGGGAUGGAGUCAGAGAUUUAUACACUCCUUCUUUCGAUCCUCGCCUAGCAGUUCCAGUUUUCCACUCUCCCACGAACCUCUGUGGGACUCUCUUCACGAAGUCGACAGUUCGGUUCUUCUGAAUGACCUCAAGAAAAGUUAUCUACCAUUAGCCUGCAUCGAGAACCCCGGCCCAAACAGGCUCGACUGUCCAUCUGCUAUCGCAGCUUGGUCGGGUUUCACCGACGAUGAUGGGAAUGUUACGAUCGAUGCUGGUACAUGCCGCUCGACUACCUACGGCAACUGCCAGGCAGUAGUGUGCGCUCCCAAGGCCCGGGUAGUAGCACCCCUCGAGCAAAUGCGCGGUCCUAUGUGGACGCACAUAACAGCUAGGUGUGUAUCUGGAGGGGCAGGGGGAGUUUGGUUCAAUGAAGAUUUGGAAAUGAUGAUUGAGCUUCGACGACCGCAGGAUCAUUAA